UCUUCCUGCCCGCACCAGCGCAACUUUUUGUCUGUCUCCCACGAGCCCAGCUGAGCUGCUCUCAUUGUUCAAACCCCGCGAGCGAGCAGAAAAUGUUCCGCAAAAAGAAGACUAGCGACAAACUGCCGGCGGCUAAGCCCGAGUCCUCGGCUCAACCUCCUGCCAAGACGACAUCUCAGCAGCAAUCGGGGACGCCGCCUGCUCAGCCUAAGGCAGCUCCUACGGCAACAACCAAUGCAACAAACGCCCAACCCCAGGCUAAAGUGGUGGUAAGCGUGAACACAGCCAGCUCCACUUCGGCUCCCGUGCAGCCACCAGCGAAACCUCCAGCUACAACCAAGCAGCCCGCGGCUCCACCUCCUGCCAAGACGACAUCUCAGCAGCAGUCGGGGACGCCGCCUGCUCAGCCUAAGGCAGCUCCUACGGCAACAACCGAUGCAACAAACGCCCAACCCCAGGCUAAAGUGGUGGUAAGCGUGAACACAGCCAGCUCCACUUCGGCUCCCGUGCAGCCACCAGCGAAACCUCCAGCUACAACCAAGCAGCCCGCGGCUCCGGCGGUCACCGCUACCUCCACCACCAGUCCUAAGAUGGUGGAUAAAGCUGCGAGGAAAGCCAAAGGGGCCAGGGGCUUUUUCAAGCGCGCCCAGACCAUCGUGGGGAUCCGGGCGUCCGCAACAGAGGCUGAGAGACUGCGGGGGGACAUGAAGCGGGAAAAGAACUGGAAGCGUUGGGGACCGUACCUCAGCGAGCGGCAGUGGGCCACCGUUCGCGAGGACUACUCCGCCGACGGCUCCUGCUGGGACUACUUCCCUCACGACCAUGCUCGCCUGCGGGCCUACCGCUGGGGAGAAGACGGACUCCUGGGGAUCUGUGACCGCCAGUGUCGGCUCUGCUUUGCCGUCUCCCUCUGGAACGAGAGGGACCCCAUCCUCAAGGAGAGGAUAUUCGGUCUCACGGGGCCCGAGGGGAACCACGGCGAGGACCCCAAGGAGUGCUACUACUAUCUGGACUCCACCCCCACCCACUCCUACAUGAAGGCCCUCUACAAGUAUCCGCAGGCACCGUUUCCCUAUGCCCAGCUCGUGGACGAAAACAAACGACGCGGAGUCUCAGAGCCAGAGUACGAAUUGGAGGACACCGGGGUUUUCGACGAGGGAAGGUACUGGGAUGUGUUUGCCGAGUACGCCAAGGCCGGUCCCAACGACAUCUUGGUGAAGAUAACCGUGGCAAACCGAGGACCCGAGGCCGCGAAGCUCCACCUACUCCCGACACUGUGGUACCGAAACACGUGGAUCUGGGGCUGCAAGCACGAGGGGUGUACGAGGAAGCCUCUCCUGAAGGAGGUGGGGGAGGGGCAUGUGAGGGGGAGCCACGAGACGCUGGGAGUCAGUCAUUUCUUCGUGGGGCCAGGUCCCGACGGCCAGCAGCCCUCUCUCCUCUGGACUGAGAAUGAGACCAACUCACUGGCCCUGCAUGGAGUGGAGCAGUACACUCCGUACACCAAGGAUGCCUUCCACCGCUACCUCAUUCAGAAGGAAGAGGAGGCAAUUAAUCCUAAUCGCAGGGGCACAAAGGUGUCUCCCCACUAUCUCCUGGAGGUGCCUGCAGGGGAAGAGAGGAGCGUUUAUCUGAGGAUCACAGAUGACGAGAGCCAGCCAAAGGGGAACCCAUUCGGGGAGGAGUUCAGGGAGGUGUUCCAGGCACGACGAGAGGAGGCCGAUGAUUUCUAUACCAGCAUCAGCUCCUAUGACUUUGGACCUCAGCAACAACUCAUCUCCAGACAGGCAUACGCUGGGCUUCUUUGGUCGAAGCAAUUCUACCACUACGUCGUUGAGUCCUGGGUCGAUGGAGAUCCGGACCAGCCAAAACCACCUGAGUCUCGCAAAUGGGGUCGCAACGCUCAGGAGUGGCGCCACCUCUUCAACAGAGACGUCAUCUCCAUGCCUGACAAGUGGGAGUACCCCUGGUAUGCGUCUUGGGACCUUGCCUUUCACAUGUUGCCGUUUGCCAAAGUGGACCCUGAGUUUGCCAAGGAGCAGCUGGUCCUCUUCCUGAGAGAGUGUGACGUGAACCCCCCGGUGCAUGCCUGGGCAGUGUUCCGGGUGUACAAGAUGACAGCUCCACGGGGAGAGAGAGACGUACCAUUCCUCAAGAGCUGCUUCAUGAAACUCAUCCUCAACUUCAACUGGUGGGUGAACCGAAAGGAUCCAAGUGGAAAGAACAUAUUCACUGGAGGCUUUCUUGGUCUCGAUAACAUCGGUAUAUUUGACCGCUCCAGGCCCCUCCCCACGGGCGGAGUUCUGGAGCAGGCAGACGGGACGGCGUGGAUGGCCUUCUACUGUGCUGUGAUGUUAGACAUAGCUCUGGAGCUGUCUCUCCACGACCCAGUCUUUGAGGACAUGGCCUCCAAGUUCUUUGAACAUUUCGUGAUGAUUGUGGACGCCAUGAAUCAGCUGGGGGAGGGACAGGGGCUGUGGAAUGAGGAGGACGGCUUCUACUACGACCACCUGCGGCUGCCAGAUGGGAGGAGUUUUCCGAUGAAGAUCAAGUCGAUGGUAGGUCUCAUCCCUCUCUAUGCCUGCCUGGUACUGGAGGACGAGGUCAUCAAGAAACUGCCAGGGUUCCGGAAGAGGCUGCAGUGGUUCCUCGACAACAGACAGGACAUUGCUAAACAAAUCUCCUACCUGGACACCCUGAAAGAUGGGGAGUUCUGCCACCUGUUGGCCAUCCCCAGCCAGGAGAGACUGCUGAAGGUCCUCCGCUACAUGCUGGACGAGGACGAGUUCCUCUCCGAAUUCGGCAUACGCUCUCUCUCCAAGGUCUGACGACACACAUACACACACGGGAGGGAGCUCUGGACUGCUGCUCGACCAGUUCUUUAGCUUGAUUCCUGACUGGGUCCUGACAUUAGAAAAAGCUGGGACUUUCUCCCUUCUACAGUAACUUUAAGCAUCAUUGACCUAGGCCUAGCAGUAACAUCAGAAAGUGGGAAGGAAAGUGAUGAUGAUGAAAGGGGUAGGGAGUGGGGGAGAGGUAAAGAGACGAAUCAGUCGGUGUUUCCUCCCACUCCAGAUCCACGAGAAGCAGCCAUUCACAAUGGACGUGGGAGGCGAGCACCACGAGGUGUCCUAUGUUCCUGGAGAGAGCAACACUUACGUCUUUGGAGGCAACAGCAACUGGCGAGGCCCCAUCUGGCUCUGCGUCAACUUCCUGAUCAUUGAGACUCUGGAGCGCUACUACUAUUUCUACGGCGAUGAUCUGAAGGUGGAGUGUCCGACGGGGUCGGGGGUUCAGAUGAACCUCCUCCAGGUCAGCCACGAGCUCUGCCGCAGAGUCAACUCUCUCUUCGUCCCCUCGUCCGAGAGUGGUCGACGGCCGUGCCACGGAGCCGACCCUCGCUACGCCUCUGACCCUCACUGGAAGGAUCUGGUGCUGUUCUACGAGUAUUUCAAUGGGGACUCUGGGAAAGGAUGUGGAGCCAGUCAUCAGACUGGCUGGACUGCUCUCAUUGCUCGCUGCAUUGACAAAGUUGGAGAGGUUGAAAGCUGCAAAUGCUGAACAGAAGAACUUUUUAUUCAUGUAUGAACAGAGAUGUAAUAUACAGAAUGAUGUUAAUGUAUUGAAAUGCAAGAUGAACAAGUGAUGGAGUGUUAAGUGUCGGCCGAGUUGGCCAGCUCUUCACACAAUCUCUUUCUCUCCUCUGCCUGUCGCAGUUUCAUCAGCACUAUACUCUCAUAGUCUCUGUCUUCCCCUCCUCCUACUUCUUCCAUGGUUACUGCUCCCUCCCUCCCAUCCACACUUCCUUCCCUCUCCUCCCUCCUCUCCCUCUCCUCCCUCUUAGUAAUUUGUGUCUUGGGCUGGCCACACACCCAGGAUACAGUUAGAGGGCAUGCUGGCAUACCCCUCUCUUUCUCCACUGCUGAUCCCUGCACAAUCACAAAGGGAAAGAGAGGGUAGAAGAAAAGGAGUUGUCAGAAGCACAACUAUAUUGACUAGCAUCGUGGCCAGAGUGG